GUGAGGGUGAGGCUGUGGGUGAGGGACGCAGGGUUGGUUUCGCGCCUGUUGGCAUGGCGAGAGAUGGAGCGUCGAGGAUGUCGUUUUUCUUGUAGGAUAUAGUGAGGGGUCAGAGGGAUGAAGGUAAUGGCGUAGUGGUUGAUGGAUCGGAAUGGUUUUUUAUGGAAGCGGUUACUGCGUAGGCGCUUGUCCUCUCAAAUCUUUUACUUGUUUCUUUUGUUACUUGGGAACUAUGAGGCGUUUCCGGUUGAUAUUGCCGGCGUUACCGCUUCAUGUGUUAUUCGUAUACGCAGAGUGUCGUUCUGUCUCUGCUUCCGACGAGUGUUGAGCACUUGUUGCGCCUGUCGUGAUAGGAGAAGACGCUGCUCGGUCUCUGGGGAAUGCGAGGACUUCGACUCUGCGAUAGGGCUGAAAAGAGAAGGUACGGAAAAGAUGACGGGUUGUGCGAAACCUCCAAGGGGAAGCACGGUGUUAUGUAUGCACCAUUCCCUUGCCGUGCUGAGAAUGGGACGGCAAGCAAGGGAUGGCUCUUUGAACAGUUCUCCCAACCACAGGAGACAAGCACAUAGACUAAAUACUUGUCCCACAUAUUCACACCAGCGAAGAACAACCAAAGAAAGAGAAGACGAUUGAUCGAUCACAGCACCUCGAAUUCAAAAUAAGAAGGUCCCG